AUGGUCUCGGACAAGUCGCUGUUCACGGCCUAUCGCCACAUCGCUCCUACGAAGAUUGGUGGUAUUGCAGGGGGCAUCAACGCCGUCGGAACGGGAAACAUCGCCUUUGUUGCCGCCUCCGGUCACCCGAUCACGCUUACCGGCGUGCUGCACACCCCGGGCCUGUCUGUCAACCUCCUCUCGGUCUCUCGACUUUGCGACACCGACGAUGUCCGUGUCGCCUUCACGAAGCACGGCAUCCAUAUCGACAAGAACGGCAAUGCUAUCGCUGAAGGCGCAAGACUCGAGGAAGGGCUCUACUUGCUGGACGCUGAUCAUUCCAAAUGUCAGCAUCUCGCUCUCCUCUCUCGCUCACAGUCUUCCGUGCCCCUGCUGACCCUUCACCGCUGCCUCGGCCAUCUCGCACCGUCGUCCAUACAGAAGAUGGUUGCCGCUGGUUUGCUGGAAGGUCUCGGGGCCGGAUAUAGUGACGAAGAGGUAGAGAAGUUUGUCUGCAAUGCUUGCCUCAGUGCAAAGGGCCAUCGUCUUCCUUUUCCCGAUUCGGACUCGCACUCCUCAGAGAGACUCGGCCUCGUACACAGCGAUGUGCUUUCCUUUCCCGAGUCGUCCUUGACUGGCAAGCGUUACCUGGUCACGUUUCUUGACGACUUCUCGCGCAAACUGUGGGCAUACGCGAUCGGACACAAAAGCGAAGUCUUUGGCGUGUUCAAGACAUGGCUUGCCGAGGUCGAACUCGAGACGGAUGCAAAACUGAAGGUCCUCCGAACCGACAAUGGUGGCGAAUACUGUUCGAGAGCGUUCACGGAAUUCUGUAAGGCACGCGGCACACGUCGACAAUACUCUAUCCCUCGAACGCCUCAACAGAACGGUCGUGCCGAACGAGUCAAUCGUUCUAUCGUCGAAGGUGUCCUUGCCCUCCUUGCAGACGCCCACUUACCCAAAUCAUUCUGGGAGGAGGCAGCAGCUUAUUUCGUCUACUGCAAGAACCUGUGCGAACACUCGGCCCUGGACAAGGCAACACCGAACUUCGCCUGGCAGGGCGACCGCACCAACGCCUCGGCGCUUCACCCGUUCGGCUGCACGGCUUGGCUCACAGUCGCGCCUGAACUUCGCUCGAAACUCGACCCGAAAGCGGUUCGCGUUCUCUUCACCGGCUAUGACCUGGCUUCUAAAGCCUUCCGUUUCUACGACACGACGACCAAGAAGAUCAGUUUGGGCAGAAAUGCCAGGUUCCUCGACAACGAAUUUCCCGGGUUACGUAGCGACUCCACCGAGCAAGACGCCGACACGCACUUCGCCAGCGCUUGCCCGACCACCGAAUCCCAAGCCGUUGUCAAGACAUGGACCCCACUAGUAAGGUCGGCGCACAUGGACGUCUCAUCCUCUCUUGAUGACUCUGCCAUGAGCGCCGUUGACGUGGCCCCAGGGUACACUGGCGGAACCUUACUUAAUUCCACAGAUGCCGAAUCGUCCUCGUCACCGUCUCCUGAGCCGUCCUCGUCACCGUCGCCCGCAACUCCCUUGUCACCGUCGCCUGCGCUGUCACCGUCGUUGGCUGCGUCAUCGUCACCCUCGGCCUUACCGACCGACUCUGACUACUCCGCCGACCCUCUGGACCUCAUCGGCUCACAGACCCCGACUCGCCUCGGCCCACCGGACGUGCACCGCCCAGACUUCAGCACGUACCGUGAGCCCGCAUCGGCUGAGGAGUCGCCCGACGAACUCGACAUCAUUGGGCGCCACUCGCGCGAUGAAUCGCCGGACGAAAUCGAUUUCCUCACCCAACACCACCGCGCCUUCAUCGCCACCGACGACGACAACUCUGACACAGAAGCCAUUCAACCAGUCAAGUCCAUCACCAGCGACCCACAGACAUGGCGCGAGGCAAUGUCGAGUGACAAGCGCGAAGUGUGGGCCAAGGCCGCUACCGACGAGUUCAAUUCCAUGCGCGACGACUUCAAGGUCUUCACCAUCGAGGACCGAUCCACGGUACCAGCGGGUGCGACCAUCGUCACAUCCAAGUUCGUCUGGAAAACGAAACGGAAUGCACUCGGCGAAGUCACCGGCCACAAGGCACGGCUCGUGGCGCAGGGAAAUCGGCAACGCGACGGCAUCGACUUCAACGAAACCUUCGCACCAGUCGCACGCUUCUCCUCGAUACGCUCACUCCUCGCGCUGGCGGCCGCCAACGGCUUGCACGUGCACCAGGCGGACAUCGACAAAGCCUAUCUGCAUGGCGACCUUGACCAUGACAUCUGGAUGACGACACCGCGCGGCUUCGACCUUCCCACCGACAAGGUGCUUCGUCUGCGACGCUCCAUCUACGGACUCAAACAGGCUGGCCGAAUCUGGAAUCGACACAUCGACGCAUCGCUUCGAGAUCUCGGCUAUACGGCGACGGGCACCGACCACUGCGUGUACUCUCGGAUCGACGAUCGGCGACGCCCACACUACAUCGCGCUGUACGUCGACGACCUCCUGAUGAUCAGCCCCGACUUGGCCGAAAUUGAACGUGUCAUCUCGGGCCUCGAACAACGCUACGGCGUCAAGCGCCUCGGCCCGGCAGAGUACAUCCUCGGCAUCCAGAUCAGGCGACUCGAAGACGGUUCUAUUGCCCUGUCCCAGGAACGGUACAUCAUGGACGUGCUUGCUCGGUUCCACUUCGACACCACGACUCGCGGCACUACAGUCCCGAUGACCCCCGGCCUUUCGCUCACCGCCAUCCCGGGUCAAGGCACCGAACGGAUCAGGUCAUGGUAUCUGCAGGCUAUCGGCUCGCUCCUCUACAUUUCGCUCGGCACCCGCCCCGACAUCGCCUUCGCCGUGUCCUACCUGGCCCGCUUCGCCAACAACCCUGGACGUCGUCACUGGAUCGCGGUCAAGCACAUCCUCCGCUAUCUCCGGGCCACAUAUCGCGACGAACUGGUUUAUGCUUGCGGCGAGACACGCAUCACGGGCGUGGUUGGCUACUCCGACGCGAACUGGGGGGCCUGCGUCGAUACGUCGGUGUCCACUAUGGGCUACGUCUUCUACAUUGCCGGAUCCGCCGUGUCUUGGUCGUCCAAGCGUCAAUCUCGAGUUGCCGAUUCUACCACCGACGCUGAAUACCUCGCCCUCUCGCAUGCUGGCAAGGAAGGGAUCUACCUCAGUCAGCUGCUCGAGGAGCUCCAUGUCCAACCUGUUGCACCGGCUCACAUUUUUACUGACAAUGAAGCCGCUGCCGCAGUUGCCCACGACCCUGUCCGCGUCUCCGGCACUCGACACAUACGCUUGCGCGAGCACUUUGUUCGGGACAUGGUGAAUCGGGGCGAUAUCUCACUCUCGCAUGUGGGAACCAGCAACAUGGUGGCCGACAUCUUCACAAAGGCUCUUGGCCCAAAGAUUUUCUCGACACACUGCUACGCACUAGGCCUUCGCACUCGACACCCACGGCUUGGAUCUGCCUCGCAUUCGCGUGGGGGGGGUGUGAAGAGUCCACUCUCAGCUCGACAGGGGCGCCUCGGUCGUUGCGCGCGCCUGCUAGCCUGGCCCCUGUGGUGGGGACUUAGGCGCGCGCGAGUGCCUCAGCGCGCCGGCGCCGGCGGUUUUCGGGCGCGCGCCGCUAGCCCGCCCUUGCAGUGGGGACUUAGCCGCGCGCGACUGCCUCAGCGCUCCAGCGAUUUCGCCCGCGCCUGGGCAUAUCCCAGCGCGGGCCACCUUUCCAUUUCUUAGCUUCCUUCUCAUCACUUCUGUUCGACUCUCGACUUCUCCUGACAGUAG